UAAAAUGGUUUCCAAGAGAAAUACUUGGUAAUUUCAACGGCAAAAUACAAUAAAAUGUAACAUUUGUAAAAAAAUUCUCUAGGUAGCAGAGUUUCGAUCUGCUAAUAACAAUUUCUAUUAAUAGCGGAACCAUUUGUUAUUUGGAAACACGGUUUAGUCGGAAAAUGAAUAACGUGUACAGAAGUCUCGAUACAUACAUGUUGUAAAUUGUGUUCAGUUUUGGUCCAAGGUAACUCAGCGCACGGUAUUCAUGAGUCUACAGAAGUGUUAAACAGCAGUCCUUAGUCCUCAAAGGUGUCACCUGAAAAAAAUUGAUGAAGAGGGAAUCAUGACAGAGCAUAGGACACUGGCUAUAGACAUUGAUCCUCUGGUGAAUGACACUACCCAAGACAACAACAACCAACAAAAGAGAGCAGAGAAACGACUUUGGGUACAUUCUGACAACUCAUUCACUUUCAACUUUUUCCCUGAGGGUGCACUAUCAACAAAGGGGGAGACAUCUGCCCUCGCAGAUGUGAAACACCAGUUUGCAAGACCGCAGACAAAAACAUCCACUGCUUCUCCAGAACCCGGAUCUGGUUUUCUGUUCAAUUUCCAAAUUCCAGUUAGUACACCAGAGGAGAUGAAAGAAAGUGGAAAACCAUUACCCUCAGAGGUUCUAGCCCUGAAAGAGUCCAAAGAGGAAAAGCCUAAGAGUCAGAACGCACCUCAAGUCAUUCAUAUAACUGUGCCAACCCCAUCUGCUGAAGCCAAGAAAAAGAAAAAACCUGGUCACAAGAAAAAAGUCUGUGAGGAAAAGCAAAAACAGAUGACAAACUCGACAGACAUAGAAGGGGCUUGUGUGGAGGAUGGCAAAGUGCUGACUGCAGAGCAGCAGCUGAAAAGAGAGCUAGACUGGUGUAUUGAGCAGCUUGAGCUGGGAAUGAUGACUCGAAAGGCUACCCCAAAACAGAAGGAGGAGGCCUCUCGUGCCAUUAAGACGUUGCGCAGCUCCAAAGCUCCUCUGGCAAAGAAAAGGCAGGUGAUGAGGACCAUGUCUGGGGACUACCGGAAGAAGAUGGAGGAAGAGCAGGGCAAGCAGUUCAAACUUAUUCAGGCUGCAAUGACAUCGGCUCAGGUCAAAGCAGUCACAGACUCUUCUAAGAGGUCGGUUUUCCACAGAAAAGCAGAAAAUAAAACGGACACAAAUUUGGAUGCAAAUAGUCGACAAGAGAAUAUACUGGCACAGACUCCAAACACAAGUGUUCAGGGCCAGGACUCAAGUUUUGUCUUCAUUCCAACUAAGGACGAGUUCUGCUUCAACUUCUUUUGAUUAGUUUUGUUUUGAGCAUGUAUUGAGACAAACUCCCAUAGAGCAGAUUAGUCUUUGUGUUCAGUAAGAGUUUUGUAAUAGAGUACAUUGCUAUUGAUCUUGGUUGUUUGAUGUAUUUUAAACAUAAAAAAUAAUAAAUUGUGUAAAUAUUA